AUGGGGACAUCAUAUAACCCCCUAAUAAGCACAAUAAACAAUACAAUUUUCAAUGCAGCAGUGUUGGACGAGUACAAUUCAGACCCAGACAGAAAAUUUGUUCUCUUUAAUGUUUCCAUUGAAAUGCCACCCAAGAUAGUAUCUGAUGGCAUGUGGGGUGACCCAACCUAUGGCGCAUUACCACAUAAAUCCACAAUGCCACUGUUGCAAUUACAAAUUAUCACCAUUUUCGUCAUCACGCAAUGCUUUCAUACGAUACUCAAGCACUUGGGGUUCCCUUAUUUCGUUUCACAAGUCAUGACUGGGUUUGUCUUAGGUCCAUCUCUAAAGAUAGGGGCAUUGAUGCCAUAUAAAACCAUGUUGUUCCCUGACGGGAGUGAAGACGUGUUGAGCCUAAUAUCAGGAAUGGGCUACACAAUGUUCUUGUUUCUAACUACAGUGCAAACGGAUUUCAGCAUGAUAACUAGAACCGGAAGGAAAGCUUGGACAAUAGCUCUUUCCUCCCUGUUGAUUCCAACAGUAGUUGGUCUCAGCCUAUGCUACAGAUUCAUGGGGGACUUUCAAAAAGCCCUUGGAGAGUUCAAUGGAGGAAAACUCCCUGUGGUAGUAAUAAAUCACAGUGGUUGUUCCUUUCCUGUGAUAGUUUCUCUUCUCUCUGAUCUUGAGAUUUUGAACUCAGAACUUGGACGCUUAGCACUCUCAUCAUCCCUUGUUAUGGAUGUAAUAAGCCAAGUUACAACAGGUCUAGGCACUGCUAUUAUGAGCAGCCUAAGAACCGAUUCUCAUGAUCAUGAGCUAGGCAAGGGCCCUAAACUUGCCCUUUACACUAUCCUAAAAUACAUUGGUUUUUUAUCAAUUGUGAUUAUGCUUGCACGUCCCGCAAUGAGAAAGAUUGUGAGGAUCACACCUGAAGGUAGACCUGUGAAGAAAGCAUACACUUAUGUGGUGAUCCUCAUGGCCCUUGCUGCUGGUUUGCUUGGAUUAUUUGCAAACCAACCUGUGUUAGGUGGGGUGUUACUCCUUGGUCUUCUUGUGCCAGAAGGUCCUCCGUUAGGGUCUGAAUUGAUUAAGCAAUUUGAGUUAUUCAACACGUGGUUCCUUUGUCCUAUCUUUGUCACAUGUUGUGCAAUGAAGGUGGAUAUUUUGGUGCACAUUAAUGGCACCUUGAUUCUCAUUGUGGCCACUAUAAUUGUUUUUAUGCAUUUGCUUAAGAUGCUCAUAACCAUUAUAGUUUGCCAUUAUUGCCACAUGCCCAAAACAGACGGUUUUUGUCUCGCUCUCUUGUUGAGCAGUAGAGGUGUCGUGGACUUUUGCACACACGUGUUCCUCUUUGAUUCAAUGUUAAUGAGCAACGAAACUAUGUCUAUGAUGGCUAUAUCAGUGUUGGUGUUGGGAAGCAUUGCACGCAUUGGGGUGAAAGCCUUAUACGACCCAUCAAGGAAAUAUGUGGGGUAUCAAAAAAGGAACAUACUCAACUUGAAACCCAACUCAGAGCUUCGGAUGGUGGCAUGCAUCCACAAACCAAGCCACAUAUUGUCCAUAAGAAAUGCCCUUGACAUAUUUUGCCCCACAACAAGCAACCCUAUGGUGGUUCACAUCUUGCACCUCAUGGAGUUAGUUGGCAGAUUCUCACCCAUCUUCAUCUCACACCGUCUCCAAGAAAGUGUUGAUUCAGGUUACAACUACUCUGAAGAUGUCAUUGUCACCUUCAACCUCUUUGAACAUGACAAUGCCGGAACUACAUCAAUUAGCACCUACACAGCCAUAUCUCCCUUACGCUUCAUGCAUGAUGACAUAUGUUACCUUGCAUUGGAUAAACUCGCUUGCAUCAUCCUUCUUCCAUUUCACGUGAGAUGGAAUGAGGGUGGUUCCAUCGAAUCCAUGGAUGACAAUGUUAGGACUUUGAACUCUAAAGUUUUGGAAAGGGCCCCAUGUUCCGUGGGGAUUCUGGUGAAUCGAUCAAGUUCUUCCAAUGCUUGCAUAAAGCAAAUAGGCUUGAUUUUUUUGGGGGGUCCCGAUGAUAGAGAGGCAUUGUUCUUGGCUAAGAGGGCCAUUAAAGAUUGUGCUUAUAACUUGUUUGUGUACCACUUGGCUUCGAGUCAAAGUGAGUCACACUGGGACAUGAUGUUGGAUGAUGAGGUGCUGAAGAGUGUUAAGGGGUACUAUGGGAGUAUUAAGAAUGUGACUUAUAAAAAGAUCACUAUUCAGGACCCUUCUGAGACCGCUGAUUUUGUCUCUAAGGUUGCGAACCAACAUGAUUUUUUCAUAGUUGGUAGACGAAAUGGGAUCAAAUCGCCUCAAACUACAACACUUGAGAAUUGGACUGAGUUUCCUGAGUUAGGUGUCAUUGGAGAUUUGCUUGCUUCCUCAGAUACCAAAACUAAUGCUUUCAUUCUUGUUGUGCAGCAACAACAAAUGCCCAAGUCGUGA